AUGAAGGUUCUCUAUAUGGGCGUUCUCCGGAACGAUACUCAACCUGCGCUUCAGCUAUGCGGAGAGAAGGACCUGACCAGCUUCUCCCGAUUCACCCGCCAAAACUAUGAGGAGUUCAUGAUGCUUUUCACCAAGACCGUCGCCGAGCGCACGAAGCCCGGGCAGCGCCAGGACAUUGAGGAGAAAUCGUACACAUUCCACGCAUACGGCCGGACCGAGGGCGUCGCUGGUGUCAUCGUCACCGAUGGCGAGUAUCCCGCCCUCGUCGCGCACCAGCUUCUGUCUAAGAUCGUCGACGAGUUCCUCGCCAAGCACCCUCGCACAUCUUUCUCCGACCCCUCCCUCCGUGAGAACGCAUGCCCGUUGCCUCAGUUGAAGGAGUAUAUUGUGAAGUACCAGGACCCCAGUCAGGCCGACAGCAUUAUGAAGAUUCAGCAGGAGCUGGAUGAGACUAAGAUUGUGCUGCACAAGACGAUCGAGAGUGUGUUGGAGCGUGGUGAGAAGAUUGACUCGUUGGUCGCCAAGAGUGACGGUCUAUCCGCCCAGAGUAAGAUGUUCUAUACCCAGGCCAAGAAGCAAAACUCUUGCUGCGUUGUUAUGUAG